AUGGAAUUAUGCCCAACUUGUGGGAUGUUGUUGAAGUCUGAGUUGCCAAAUUUGGAUUUUCCUACCAGAUUUUUCUACACCACAUGUCCAUAUGUUAACCAAAUAGAGCAAAAGAUCAAAAGAAAGCAACGGGUGGUUAAAAAGGAGAUUGACCCCAUCAUUACCCAUGAUGACAUAAAGAAUGCACCUAAAACAUAUCAAGCUCAUUGCCCAAAUUGUGGCCACAACAAGGCUGCAUACAUCCAAUUUCAAACAAGGUCAACCGAUAAAACCAUGACAAUAAACUUCACCUGUGAGAAAUAUGGUAAAUGCUGGCAUAAGGACUAA